AUGGACAUCGACUCAUAUGCUGGCAAAGACUUUCUUAUCCUUGUAGACCAUUACUCAGAUCACUGGGAAAUCGACCAGCUGCCAGAUCUAUCAGCAAACACUCUCAUCAUGCUUGCAAAGCAUUAUGAACAGCCAGACAGCGUGAUCACUGAUAACGGCCUGCAGUUUGCUUGUGAGCAAUUCAGGAGCUACAGUUAUGAGGACUACAAGGAGACAGCAGAGUGGUUGCUGGCCCACACUGAGCAGCGUCCUAAAGUGGCCAUAAUCUGUGGUUCGGGGCUGGGGGGUCUGGCCGACCUCCUGGAUGACAAGAUUGCCUUCCCUUACAAAGACAUCCCACGCUUCCCCAUUAGCACCGUGCCUGGCCACAUGGGGAAGCUGGUUUUCGGGACGCUGCAGGGUCAGCAGUGUGUCUGCAUGCAGGGACGUUUUCACUUCUAUGAAGGUUACAACAUACAAACGGUAACCUACCCAGUGCGAGUAUUCUUCAUGCUGGGCGUGGAGACCCUGAUCGUGACAAAUGCGGCGGGGGGCCUGAACAGCAGCUUCAGUGUCGGUGACAUCAUGCUCAUUAAAGACCACAUCAACAUGCCCGGCUUCGCUGGACAGAACCCACUGUGUGGGCACAACGACGAGAGGUUUGGAGUAAGAUUCCCUUGCAUGUCAGAUGCGUAUGAUCGCAAGCUGAGUGCCCUGGCUAAGCAGAUAGCGGAGGACCAGGGCUGUGGCAGCUUCCUACAGGAAGGGGUUUAUUGCAUGCUGGCUGGACCAACGUUUGAGACCAUUGCAGAGUGCAGAGCCCUGCAGCUACUGGGUGCUGAUGCUGUGGGUAUGAGUACAGUCCCAGAAGUCAUCAUGGCUCGCCACUGUGGCUUGCGUGUCCUGGGUCUGUCCCUUAUCACCAACAAGGUGGUGACAGAUUAUGCCAGCGAGCUGAGGGCAAACCAUGAAGAAGUGCUGGAGACUGGACGUUACAGAGCCCAGGACCUCCAGAGGCUCAUCAGCCACCUCAUAGCCAAGAUCUAG